AGCAGGAGCAGCAGCAGCGCCUGCAGUUCUUCUCCUCUCUAUUUCAGGAGCUCAAGAGGAGAAGAGGAAGGAGCCUGGAGGAAGGCGGGAAUGGAUGGGUGAGGGUCGUGUGGAGGAAGGAAGGAAAGAAGGAAGGAGAAGGGGAAAGAAGCCGUCGUGAAGGAGGAGGAGAAGCUUUGGCUGUGAGGAGAAGGGGAAAAGAAGAGCGGGAGAGGCGAAGUUGCGCCUGUGAGGGGAAGGAGAGGAGUCUGAGCCUGGAGAGGAGCCCGUGCUUGGCGAAAGGGAAGGCGCCCCUGAGGGGAAGGAAGGAGUCUGAGCCUGGAGAGGAGCCGGCUUUCCUUCAGGGGGACGGAGGGGAAAGUGAGGGCAGGAGGAGAGGGAUGAGAGAGCCAAGGCGAGGCGGAGGAGAGGAGGACGCCUUCGCCUCAGGGCUCGGCGAGGAGGAGGAGGAGGAGGAAGGAGAGGAGGAAGAGCGCGGCUCCUGUGUUCGAGGCGAGCCUCAAGUGCUGCUCUUCCUCCUCCUCCUCCUCCGAUGGAGACUUUCAACGAGCCCCUGAAGCCGCCCGCCUCGCCCUCGCUGCCGGAGAAGAAGCGGCUCCACCGCGCCCCGUCGCCGGCCCGGCCCUUCCUCCUCCUCAAGGACCCGCUGCUCCACGCCCGCGCCUCGCCCGCCCGGCCCCCGCCCGCGCCCCCCAAGUCCCCCAGCCUCUCGGCCAAGCCCACCAGCGGGGGACGGGCCCACUCCCCGGCGCUCUGGACCGCCCCUCCCGCCCGGCUCUCCCGCCGGAGCGGCGCCAAGGCAGCAGCGGCAUCAUCAGCAGCAGCAGCCCCGGCCUCGCCGGCCUCCCCGAGCGGGCUCUGCCUGCGGGGCUCCGCCAAAGCCGCCCUCUCCAGCAAGAAGCGGGCCCAGGAGCAGCGGGCCGCCGGGAAGCCUCCGCCGCACCCGCCUCUCGAAGGGGGAGGCAAAGGCAGCAAGGCGGGGAAGCGCGCCGCCUCCGCCGCUGCCUCCUCCGCCUUGGCUCCCCCCGCCGUCCGCAUCAGCCACACCGACAGCAGCUCCGACCUCUCCGACUGCCCCUCCGAGCCGCUUUCCGACGAGCCCAGGCUCGCCCAGGCCGCCAGCAGCGACGCCGAGUCCAGCGACCGCGAAAGGGAGGCUCUCCUGCCUCCCCUCCACGCCUCCGAGGCUGCCUCCAGCCAAGGGCCCGCCGCCCCGCCGCCCGCCAAGGCUGAGCCUCCGCACCCAGAGGCCGGCGAUGGGCCGCCGGGGGGCAAAGCCGCCCCCAAAAGCAGGCCCGGAGGAGGGGGAGGGGGAGGAAAAGCCCCGCUCGGGACGCCCCUCUACGCGAAACAGCCUGUCGCCGACGAGGAGGAGCUGCUCCGGGAGAUCGAGGAACUGCGCUCUGAGAAUGAUUAUCUCAAGGAUGAGCUCGAUGAACUCCGAGCUGAAAUGGAAGAGAUGCGUGACAGCUACCUUGAAGAAGAUGUUUACCAACUGCAGGAGCUAAGGCGAGAGCUGGACCGUGCAAACAAGAACUGCCGCAUUUUGCAGUAUCGUCUCAGGAAAGCCGAGCAGAAAAGCUUGAAAGUUGCACAGACGGGUCAAGUUGAUGGGGAGCUAAUUAGAAGUUUAGAACAAGAUCUAAAGGUAGCCAAAGAUGUAUCUGUCAGGCUGCACCAUGAACUGGAGAAUGUGGAGGAGAAGCGUGUGAAAGCAGAGGAUGAAAAUGAAGUCCUUCGUCAACAAAUAAUUGAGGUGGAAAUAUCCAAGCAGGCAUUACAAAAUGAGUUGGACAGAUUGAAAGAGAGCUCCUUGAAGAGAAGAGGCAGCAGGGAUAUUCAUAAAGAAAAGAAGGCAUUUGCUCAGCAGAGUUGCAGAAUGGAGCUUCUUGGAAAAUGCCAAGCAGCAGUCAGGACACAAAGAAAACUUUUUCUUCAGCGCAAGGAAGACAGUGCUGAUUUGAAGUGCCAGCUUCAGUUUGCCAAAGAAGAAGCAGCACUGAUGCGUAAGAAAAUGGCCAAGCUCGGCAGGGAAAAGGAUGAACUGGAACAAGAACUCCAAAAAUACAAAACCAUCUAUGGAGAUGUGGAAAGCCCUCUCCCCAUUGGGGAGGCCGGAGGACCACCCAGCACAAGAGAAGCUGAAUUAAAACUUCGUUUGAAACUGGUAGAAGAGGAAGCCAACAUUUUGGGUAGAAAGUUAGUGGAGCUAGAGGUGGAAAAUAGAGGUAUUAAGGCUGAGAUGGAGGAUAUGAGGUGUCAGUAUGAGAGAGUAUGUCUCAGUCAGGACCAUGUUUCAAGCAUUCCUACCUCGCCUUAUGGUGACUCUGUAGAGUCAGCUGCAGAACUACGCCGCCAUUUGCAAUUUGUAGAAGAAGAAGCUGAACUAUUGAGGAGAUCGAUUGCUGAGAUUGAAGAUCAUAACAAGCAGUUAACAAAUGAAUUGAACAAAUUCAAGUUUGAACCUGGGCAAGAGGCCAGCUGGCUGGAUGAAACUGCAUCCAAGUCUAAUGGCUCUUUACAAGAAGAGCUGAAAUCAGCCCGGAUGCAAAUCAAUGAACUUAGUGGAAAGGUGAUGAAACUCCAGUAUGAGAAUCGAGUGUUAAUGUCCAAUGUGCAGCGUUAUGAUCUUGCCUCUCACCUAGGAUUGCGAACAUCAAGCUCCAGGGAGAGUGAUGCCGAGAGUGACACAGGGAAAAAAGAAGGUGGCAACGAAGAAGGCCGUCUACCUCAACCAAAGAGAGAAGGACCCAUUGGGGGUGAGAGUGAUUCUGAAGAAGUCUAUGAAAAGACAUCAGGUUUUGGGAGUGGGAAGCCAUCAGAAGUGAGUGAUCUUGCUUCUGCUGAACUGACAAGGUCCAAAGAAGAUGCAGAUUUUCUGGUGAACAUUAGACAUGAAGCUGAAAGGCUUGAAAGAGCUGUGGACCGUCUCAUUGUUGAUACAGAUAGUUUACUAUAUGAAGCAAAGGUGCUCAUAACCAGCAGUGUUUCCUCUGAGAAAGUGUUUGAAAAAGAUGAGGGGAAAAAGGAGAGUAAGAAUGAACCAGAACUUUUGGACACCAUCAAUUCAAGAAUGAAAAAUUUCCAGAAAGAACUGCAAACAUUUUUGGAGAAGGUUGACAAUGUGAGGAAAGAGCGGAUCGAUGAUCUUUCCCCUCUUCCUCACCUUACAGAGUCUUCCAGUUUUCUGUCCACCAUGACAUCCAUAUCCCGAGACUCACCCAUUGGUAAUCAGGGAAAAGAACUAAUCACAGAUUUACAGUCCAAACUGAGGGAUCAGAUGGAAUGGCAGCGCAGCCAAGACCUUGGAGAGGAGCAAGAGAGACAUCACCAACGAAGCCCUACUGACCCACACGACAGAACUGAUGGAGACUUUAAACUCUGCAGGCCAGGAAACAAGAGUUGUUUCAGUCUAGAGAAUGUAUCGAUACAGGAGAUUCAGGCUCAGCUUGAGCAGGAGGUGAAACUUCGACAAGAGGAGCAAGAAAACUUUACAGAAAGGAUCAUGCAGUUAGAAGAGGAGCAUCUGCAAACCCUACGGAGAAAAGACUUGGAGGUACAAAGCUUGACUUUGCAGAACAAAUUGGAAGAGAAGACCUGGGGUCAAGAAAAAACCUUAAUGCAUCAAGAACUUGGGCAUUUCAAGCAGAACACCUUUUUCUUCUAUAUCAAAUUGAAAUGGUUGUUGAAACACUGGCGGCAAGGCAAGCGGAUAGAGGACCAAGGAGAGAACAUACUUGAGAUGGAGCAUCCAGAUCCCAUGCCAGAAUUCAGCUUUCAGUCUGAACAAAAGGGUAAUGAACAGGAAGAGGAGGAGGAUGAAGAGGAAGUGUUCACAAUGACAGAUUAUUCCCAACAUUCCACUGUGGAAAUAAGUGAUCAUGGGCCACCCCUACAGACUGCAGAACUGUUGCAGCAUCAAAAGCAGGCGAGAGAAAACCACCGACUCUUAAAUGCCUUGAGAAUACUGUUGGAUGACUUCCGGAAUGAGCUCCAGAAUGAUGAGCAAGAACGCCAUAGUUUCCAGCAGCAGUAUGCUAUUGAUAAAGCAGCUUGGGAAGUGGAAUGGACAAAGCUGAAGUGUCAGCUGGAACAGCUGGAAGAGAAGGGUGGAAAAGCACAAAGUGAGCUUGGUCUUGAGGCAAAGGCAGCUUUCAACAGGGAGAGAGAAGAGCACAAGAAGCAUCUGGCUGAUCGUCAUCAGUUAAUGCUGGACCUGCGGUGGCAACUCCAACACAGCGAAAAGAGUUGGAGAAGAGAAAAAGUGGAGCUUUUGGAGCGGCUUGACAAAGACCGACGAGAGUGGGAGCGGCAAAAGAAGGAGCUGCUAAGGAGACUGGAGCAGAAAAUACAUUCACGAGGAGACAGCAUCCUUUGUGACUCAAAAGCAACUGGCCUUCCUUCAUUUUCAAGUCCAGAGAAACAUCGUGUGGCUCGUCCAAUGGGGUUGCGAUCUUACUCUGAUUCUGAUAACAUGCCGUUUGAAGAUCGGACAGCAUCUAAGCUAAAAGAAAGUGACAGAUGCAUUGCCACAGAAAACCUCUUUCUGGAUACGUUGUCCCUUGAUUCUCCCGAUGAUUCUGAAGAACCACAUCCUCAGGAACUGGGGCAAGAAAGGUUUUUAAUAUGUGGAAAUGAGGAAGAAGAAAUGCACAAGGGAAAUCUUCAAAGGGCAAUGUCGGUUUCCUCUAUGUCAGAAUUCAAGCGCUUGAUGGACAUUUCUCCUUUUCUCCCUGAAAAGACUCUUCCUUCCUCCAGCACCAAGGAGGAUAUAACACCUCCAUUAUCCCCAGAUGAUCUGAAAUACAUUGAGGAAUUCAACAAAAAUUGGGAUUACAGCACUACCAGAAACAACGGUGGAGCUGUGGAGAAGCCUGUUGAAGCAUGGGCAGAAAGGAUGGAGAUUGGGAAGGCUGGGAAUAAUUCAGUUCCAGAUCCAUUCCAGCCAUCUUCAUGGUAUCUCACCACUAGUGUGACUAUGACAACUAAUACAGUGACCAGCCCUGAGCACUGCCAGAAACAGCCGCUGAGGAGUCAUGUUGCUACAGAAAAAGUGGGAGUUAGAGUCUUUCAUAGUCCACCCGUUGUCCGCAGAUUUGAUAACUCAGUAGCAGGUGGCAAUGAAGGGAAAGGCCAGCCUGAGCAAGACUUUUUGUUUCCUGUGACCAAAACUAAGGGUAAUGUGGGUGAGACAAAAGGUGCUCCUUCAGAAGUGUUUGGGCGAUGGUCGUGUGACCUCUCCAGGCAUCAUAACAAUUUUAUGGAAACUGGUAUUCAUCCAAUCGAGCGCCCUAUUUGCACUACUGUGAGUUUUGCAUCAUCUUUACACAGCUUGGAGAUGUCCAAAAACAUGAGUGAUGAUAUGAAGGAGGUUGCUUAUUCUGUCAGAAACGCAAUACGAACCAACUCAACAGAGCUUCAGUUCAAAGACACAGCUUGUCAGACUAAUGGGGUGAGGACUAUGGGGACUCAGACCACUCAAACAAUCAAUGUGGGCUUGCAAACAGAAACUUUGCGCAGUAUCACCAGCAGCCCACACAGGUGUCUGACACCAAAAGGGGGAGCCACACCUGUGUCAUCACCAUCCAGAAGCCUCAGAAGUAGACAGAUGGCACCUGCUAUUGAAAAGGUCCAGGCCAAAUUUGAACGCACAUGUUGCUCUCCCAAAUACGGCUCCCCCAAAUUACAGAAGAAAACCCUCUCUAAAACAGAUCAACCAAAUAACCGAACUUCCCCAAGCACACCUCAGAAAGGUUUCAGUGAAUCUGCUUGGGCCAGAUCCACCACUACACGGGAAAGUCCCGUUCAUACCACAAUCAACGAUGGCCUCUCCAGUUUAUUCAAUAUCAUUGACCAUACCCCUGUAGUUCAGGACACCCUCCAAAAAUGCUCCAGGUCUAGCAGCCGAUCAAGGUCGGCAGAACCCAGGUCAGAACUGGGACCUAUGCAGGACAUGUAUGCGGGUAUUCGGGGCCGGUCACCCAGUCCUCUCCGUUUUGGUGCAGAGUUACAAAAGGAUGAAGGAACUGAGACCAUAAGCAUUAGGCAGGACUUAUCUGCUCCUCCGGGAUACAACCUUACAGAAAAUGCUGCCAGAAUCUUGAACAAGAAACUGAUGGAGCAUGCCUUAAAGGAGGAAAAAAGGCUUGCUUCUUACAGCCCUCCCAGUCUUAGCAAUGAGAACAGCACAGGAGAAAUAGACAAAGUUGAACCAGGGUCCAUUGAGGGACUACUACCUUGUUCCGCACUAGCUCCAUCCCUAGAAUCCUGCUUCUCCCGACCGGAGAGACCAGCGAACCGGCGCCCACCUUCCCGUUGGGCCUCAUACUCCCCUACUGCCUCACUAUCUCCUGGGGAAGAAUAUGGAAGCAAGGAACUGCCGUUGGGAUAUCCAAGCCAGUGAUGCAAGCCUGCAUGAAUUAUCACGGAAUAAUUCACUGUCUUUUGCAUUUUAGCACCAUUACCAUGGCCAGUCUCUGUCAGCGAGGAGAGCUCAAGUUGUCACGGUCAAAGAACGUUCUGGAAAGCAGCAUGUCCAAUUUGGGAAACAGAGGUGUUUCUAGAUUGAAACAGUUAAUGUGCCUGUAAUAACUUAUUUUUUUCAUAGCUCAGAAAACUAUUUUUGCCUCCAUCUUUUCUACACACAGUAUAUUAAUUAAAAGGUCUAAAACU